AACCACGCAAGCAGCACGUACCAACGCGUCAACACAUUUCCUGCAGAGCAAAGCUUUCUUCAACUUGUGCGCCAUCCUUGCGGAAGAAGGAAGAGAGCGAAUUCAUUGCCUGCCUGCUUCACUCCUUUUGUCCCCCUCCUCGCGCUCCACCGCUGUGCUGUCACAUUCUCGCAUCUGAGGACCUGAAAGGAGUGGGUUUUCUAGCUAGCAAGCCCUGUGCAGCUAGCCAAUCCAGCGUAACCUUCCGUAGGGAAGGAACCAUUAUAGCGCAAUGACAAGCCCUAGCAAUGGUUCCUUCCUGACUGAUGAGCAGAGAAACUUUUUCUAUAUGAGCACGGAGGCAGAGACCCUGAACAACGAGGAGAUUGCCAGCGGAACCCCCAGCAUCCAGUUGGGGGGUGUUGCAAUUCCUGGAGGCGGCAAACUAGAGAAGGCACCUUCCUCAGGUGCCAAGCUUACGACCGACCAUGCGACGAAGAACCAAUCGACGCUCGUGCCGAAGGCAGAGAAGAAGUCGCAUGCGAAGUACAAUGGACGGCCCAAGAAAGGUGGCCAGGGCGGCAAGGGCACCUGGACUGGGAGCGGCAAGUUUGAGCUGCCGGAUGACCUUGAGCCUGUGGACAAGAAUGACCCUAACUAUGACAGCGACGAGGACGGGCACCGCUUCGUCGGAGCCGAUCUGGCCAAAUCAGUAGUGGUGUUCAAGGAGCGGGUUCUUACAAUUAUCGACGAGUACUUUGCAUCGGACGAUGUUAAGGAGGUGGCGGCCGCGCUGGACGAGCUAGAGGUGCCGGGGUUCCACCACCACUUCGUCAAGAAGCUUGUGUCCAGAGCAAUGGACAAGAACGACCGCGAGAAGGAGCAGGCGUCGGCGCUGCUCUCGGCGCUGUAUGCUGACGUCAUCGCGCCCGACCAGAUGGCCAAGGGCUUCACCAAGCUGCUCGAGUCCGUGGAGGACCUGUCGCUCGACAUCCCGGACGCCGUCGAGCUGCUGAGUCUUUUCCUGGCGCGCGCGGUGGUGGACGACAUUCUGCCCCCGGCAUUCCUGUCCCGCACAGGCAAGUCUCUGGCCGAGGGAUCCCUCCCUCAGACUGUAGUGCGCAAGGCAGAGGCGCGCCUGGGGUCGCGGCACGCCGCGGAGCGCGUCGAGCGGUGCUGGGGGGGCAGUACGAACAAGCACGUAGACGAAGUUAAGGACAAGAUCAAGAAGCUGUUGCUGGAGUAUGUGGACAGUGGGGAUAAGGCGGAGGCGACGCGCUGCAUCAAGGGGCUCAGCAUGCCAUUCUUCCACCACGAGGUCGUCAAGCAGGCGCUGAUUAUGGCGAUGGAACGGAAGAAGGCCGACCAGCUGCUCCUCGACCUGCUCGCCGAGACCGCCGCGUCGGGGCUCAUCACGUCCAGCCAGAUGGCGAAAGGCUUCGGACGCGUUUCGGACGCCGUCGACGACCUCUCGCUCGACGUUCCGGACGCCCGCGAGAAGCUCGCCGCGCUGGCGGGCCUCGCGACCGCGGACGGCUGGCUGUCCGAAUCCGCGGGGAAGCAGCUGGACCACGAGCUGCACUCGCCGGUGGUGGGAUCCGAGGCGACGCGCAAGUUCAAGGCCAAGGUCCGCACAUUGAUCCAGGAAUACUUCUUGUCUGACGACAUCGGUGAGGUCACCCGCUCGCUCGACGAGCUGGGCCACCCGGAACUGCACCACGUGUUCGUCAAGCACCUGGUGACGUCGGCCAUGGACCGCCAUGCACGCGAGAAGGAGAUGGCGUCUGCGCUCAUCUCAGCCAUCGAUGCGGAGGUCGUAUCGACGGACGAGAUUGGCCGCGCGUUCCGGCUGCUGCUGGAGCAGGCGGAAGACCUGGCGCUCGACAUCCCGGACGCCGCAUACGAGCUCGCGCUGUUCCUGGCGCGCGCGGUCGUGGAUGACGUUCUGCCGCCGCUCUACCUCUCGCAGGUGCAGAACCAGCUUAAGGACGGGUCUCUGGGUCAGGAAAUAGUGCACACUGCAAGUGCGAUUGUAUCUGCGCGGCACGCCGGGGAGCGUGUGCUGCGCUGCUGGGGGGGCGGCGCGGGGCGCACUGUGGAGGACGCGAAAGAAAGCAUCAAGAAAUUGCUCGAUGAAUACGCCGCUGGAGGUACCAUCACGGAGGCGUGCCAGUGCAUCCGCGACCUGUCGCUGCCCUUCUUCCACCACGAGGUCGUCAAAAAGGCGCUCAUUCUCGCCAUGGAAAAGCAGACGGAGCGCCUGCUCGCGCUGCUCGCCGAAGCAGCGGCGCAGGGCCUUAUUAGCACUAGCCAGAUCGUCAAGGGUUUCGGCAGGGUUUACGACGCCUUGGACGAUCUCAUGCUGGACAUCCCAAAUGCGCGCACACUUCUUGAAGGGUUUGUGGGUAAAGCGAAAGAGGGGGGGUGGCUCCCGGCUGGGUUUGAGGCCCCCACUCGCGCGGCGAAUGGAAAGGUGGAGUAAAGUACGGGGGAGUUAGGAUCCGUUGUAAAGCAGACUAGAGAUUGCAAGUGAGUGUUGGGUAGUCGCCCACGUCCGUACUUGUCGAGUCGGUUUGCUUUUGGUGUAAAGGGGAGAAAACUUACGAGAUCAAACGGAGCCCAGAAGCGUAUCUCUUUGCUGAACAAAAGACGGUUCAGGCUCAACGUUCGUUCUGAGAGCGGCGAGGCUAGAUUUAGUGAAGAGGUAUAGCGAGGCUGGUUGUGAAAGCCCCUCAAGCGCCAGCCUCGUCAAGCUCGAAAACUGGAGGUAAAACUGUACAAAAGGGAAGUUUUAACCAAAGUCAGCGGCCUCUCCUGCAAUAGGGGGUUGCGUCACUCAUGCACUUCUGAUGUUGGCUGCAAGGUCUUGACCUUCAGAUCUUAUUUGAGCGGCAAAGGUGUUGCGACAAAUGGGAUAUAGAAUCGUUGCAGAGGAGCUCCUACCACCUACAAAAAAUCGUCACUCGCCUCUGAAGUGAUUGGAGCACAUGCU